AUGCAGGAGGCCCUCAAGAAGCCCGACGUUAAAGAAGAGGACAUAAAGCCCUUCUUCGAGAAGAUCCUCCAGCCCACGUUACUGGACGACAAGGAGAUGUUGCUACCAGUUGACAUGCGUGGCGUCGAGAAGGAGUAUGAAGGCAUCGAUGAACUCAUUCAGGAGCUGAAGCCGGUCGAAGCCGCCAAAGCGCUCCUGAAAGCCAGAACGUACUUCACGGAGAACACAGAGGGCAAGUGGCCAGACGCUGACAAGCCGGCCCCGCUUUCGGGAGCCGAGUGGAAGAAAAUCCUCCAAGAGGAAACCGAGGAGGACGUCAUGGAAGAUGACGAUGAUGAGGACCUGCUCGAAGCAGACGAGGAGGAGCUAUGCGACGAGGAUCCGGAGGGUGAGGAGGAGGAGGAGCCUCCUGCCAAGAAAGCCAAGACCGAGUGA